AUGUCUAUCAUUAACAAGACAACAAAACAAGAAACUUUAAUAAGAAAAGAUGAAAUAAAUAAAAAUACAUUCAAAGUAACAGUGAAUACAGAUGAUAUAACUAUCGAAACAACUACAAAUGGAAUAACAACAUUCACCAGUGAAAAUUACAUUGACAGUAUUCAAUUAAUCACUCAAGUACCUGAACCAAAAAUCCAAACAAAAGCAGUUACUAUUACUGAAAACGGUUCAUACACUAUCAGUCCAGAUGAUAAUCUUGAUGCACUUGAUCAUGUUUAUGUCACUACAAAUGUACCACAAUAUAAAAUAGAUUCUUUAAAGGUAUAUCAAAACGGUACUUUUACAAUAGUAACAGUAGCACCAGAAAUAAUAAAUGUCACAGAACAUAACACCGAUAUUACAGACCUAAUAGAAGCAGAUGCAAAAUUACACAAAUUCACAAGUAACUCAGAAACUUAUGACUACUUAAGAAUUACAGAAAAAGGAAAUUAUCAAUAUAUAGUAUUUAAAUUUAAUGUAGUCAAUGGUUUAUAUGUAUCAGAAAUAGAAAUAAACACUCCUGCUGUUACAAACAAAUAUACAAUAACAUAUAUAUUAAAAUUAAAUACAGAAGGUGCAGCAAAUAAUGGUAUUCUUUAUUUUUGUAAAGGAACAACUAUAGAAGAAACAACCGCUCUACUUUGUUAUAAUUCGGAAUAUGCUCGUACUGAAGAGGGUAAGCAAGACCCUGCAAUAAUACUAUACUCAUCUCUACUUUCAGAAAACUUCCCAAUAAAAUAA